CAAGGACCACCAAUGACAAACAUCUACCAACAUUAACAAUUAAAACAAGAUUUAACAAACCAUAAAGCUUUCAACUUUAUGCCAAAACUUUGUAGAAUUAGACACCCAGAAAGAAUCACUUGAAUUCUUUCUUCUCAUUCCCAUCUUUUUUCAAUACUAAGACAACAAUUCCCUUUACUCUCCACAUAAAGUUCCCUCCUUUUGAUAGGUGAAAAUCAAGAAAAUCUUGUGUGAGAGAGGAUGUGUAGUGAGAGAUAGCAAAAGAGAGAGAUUGAUGAGAUGGGUAAUUGUUUGAAAUCUUCACAAACUGCUAAUACAGGUCCAAUUUCAAAUCUCAGUACCACCACAAGUACAAGACCUUCCACUACAACUACUGGGACAUUUCACAGCAAUGGUGGUGGCUUCUCAGUUACUAGCAGCAGUGCAGGUGGGCAUAGCCAAAACCAGUUUUCUGCUGCAGCAACUGGCGGAACCGAGAGUUCUCUAAAUGGAGAAUUACUGCCUCCCCCAGGUCUCAAGGUUUAUAGUUUUUCUGAUAUGAAAACUGCUACUAAAAGUUUUAAAUCUGAUAGUGUGUUAGGCGAGGGAGGUUUCGGGACUGUUUAUAAGGGUUGGGUUGAUGAGAAGACCCUUGCACCCUCUAAGGCUGGCACUGGAAUGAUGGUUGCUAUAAAGAAAUUGAACCAUGAAAGUGUGCAAGGGUUUCAAGAAUGGCAGUCAGAAGUGAACUUUUUAGGAACACUUUCUCAUCCUAACUUGGUCAAGCUAUUGGGAUACUGCUGGGAGGAUCAAGACCUUUUACUUGUUUACGAGUUUAUGCAGAAAGGAAGCUUGGAAAACCAUCUUUUUAGAAGGAGUUCUGCUGUUGAACCACUUUCAUGGGACAAACGACUGAAAAUAGCAAUCGGUGCUGCACGAGGACUAUCUUUCCUGCAUAAUUCAGAGAAGAAAAUCAUUUACAGGGACUUUAAAGCCUCUAACAUACUGCUUGAUGGGGACUACAAUCCAAAAAUAUCAGACUUUGGCUUGGCUAAAUUGGGCCCUGCAGGUGGAGAAUCACAUGUCACAACUCGAGUCAUGGGAACCUAUGGUUAUGCUGCUCCUGAAUAUGUUGCUACAGGUCAUUUGUAUGUGAAGAGCGAUGUUUAUGGAUUUGGGGUUGUGCUGCUCGAGAUGUUGACAGGUCUACGAGCACUUGACACGAAACGUCCAGGCAGACAGCAGAAUUUAAUAAACUGGGGGAAGCCCUUCCUCUCGCAGAAAAGGAAGCUCAAGACCAUCAUGGAUGCACGCAUAGAAGGACAAUAUUCAACAAAAGCAGCAUUAAAAGCUGCUGAGUUGACACUAAAAUGCUUGGAAACCGAUAUGAAAAGACGGCCCUCCAUGAAAGAGGUUGUGGAAGUUUUAGAACAGAUUGACUCGAUGACAGAAAAACGCAAGGAGCCCAGAAGCAGGUCAGCUCAUUCUACUAUGGAUCGCUAUCGCUUUCAGCAUCAGCCCAAGUCAUUCUGACUCCACGCCACUACUUAAAAGGUUGUCACCAUCUGCCCAGAUCACUGAAGCCACAGCUGCGAUCACUUUAAAUGAAGGGCAUAUAGUUAACUGACCUACAGUUAUUUGCUGUGAUUGUAGAGUAGUUUGUAUUUUAUUCUUUUGCCCCCUCUGUAAUUGUCAGUAUCAAAUUUUCAUUUUAAACCACUGGUAUCAGCACGAUUUAGAGAAAUAUAUAGAGGGCAGUAUCAUUCACCCA